AUGACACUCUGUAAGGAUUACUCCACCAAAGUCCACGGCGCCAGUCCUGCAGUCAUGGUAACCAUAGUGGCGGAGCACAUCGGCCGCCUGUUCAUCAGCCUGCAGCACAUCCGGCAGGUCCCGCGCAUGCUCACCGAGGCUGCCCCCUCCAUGCCCGCCACCCUGAGGGACUGCGAUGUGCCCGCCCAGCUGCGCGACCGCAACAUCACCUCAGGCUACCGGCAACUCCACCAGAACUGGCGCUACUACUUCCUUUCUCUGUUCCAGCGCCACAAUGAAACCUUAAACGUCUGGACUCACCUUGUUGCCUUUUUGAUCAUCCUGGUGAAAGCGUGUGAUCUGGCUGAGAACGUAGACUUGGUGAAUGACCAGCACGCAUGGCCGCUGUGCGUUCUUCUGCUCUCCUCUCUGACCUACACGGCUUUUAGCGUCAUCGCUCACCUUUUUGGCAGCAAAUCCGAGUUUUCCCAUUUUGUCUUUUACUAUAUGGACUAUGUCGGAGUGGCGCAGUAUCAGUAUGGCAGCGCCGUUGUGCACUUUUACUACGCUAUUGACGCCGGCAUGCACGGCUACCUCCACGCCUCCUACUUGGACUACGUUGGCAGGAGAGAGGUGUACGCGAGCCUGCAUGGGAGCGGCGAGUCUGCUUUUUUUGUUCAGCUGUAUGCAGGCACCGUGAUGGCAUGUGUGGUCACCGGCGCAAUCGUUUUGACGAAAGUAAAUCACACGCUGGUCAAACACAAAUGUGCCUGA